CUUAAAAAAACCCCCCAAAACUGUAAAAUGGAAAUAAUAAUAAGCCGCUUGCAGUAUUGUUUGGAUUAGAAAUACUGUAUAUAAAGCACCUGCACAUACCAGGAAUGCAAUAAUAUGUGGCUAUGAUUAUUAUUGGACUCCAUCCUCCAGCAUUUACUAUAUGAAAUGAUUAUUUAAUGUAUUAAAUUGUUACAAUUUAUUAAUGGAUACCAUCAAAUAUCAUGUGUCAUCAAAGGAAGGGAACAAUAUCUUUGAAGAACCCUGCUCUGCUAAAAGGAAUUCUGAAGGCGGACUCUAUGUAUGCAUGAAUACAUUUUUGGCCUUUGGAAGAGAACAUGUUGAAAGACAUUUUCGAAAAACUGGACAGAGUGUAUACAUGCACCUGAAAAGACAUGUGCGAGAGAAAGUAAAAGGGGCAUCUGGUGGAGCUUUACCAAAAAGGAGGAAUUCCAAGAUUUUUUUAGAUCUAGAUACUGAUGACGAUUUAAAUAGCGACGAUUAUGAAUAUGAAGAUGAAGCCAAACUCGUUAUAUUCCCAGAGCACUAUGAAAUAGCACUGCCAAAUAUUGAGGAGUUACCUGCCCUGGUAACAAUUGCUUGUGAUGCAGUUCUUAGCUCAAAAUCUCCAUAUAGAAAGCAGGACCCAGACACAUGGGAAAAUGAAUUGCCAGUAUCCAAGUAUGCCAAUAACCUCACCCAGUUGGACAACGGAGUCAGGAUUCCUCCAAGUGGUUGGAAGUGUGCCAGGUGUGACCUGCGGGAAAACCUCUGGUUGAAUCUCACCGAUGGCUCCGUGCUGUGUGGAAAGUGGUUCUUUGACAGCUCUGGGGGCAAUGGGCACGCCCUGGAGCAUUACAGAGACACGGGUUACCCUCUGGCUGUGAAACUGGGAACCAUCACUCCGGAUGGGGCAGAUGUUUAUUCUUUUCAAGAAGAGGAACCAGUUUUGGAUCCUCACUUGGCCAAGCACCUGGCGCAUUUUGGAAUCGAUAUGCUUCACAUGCAUGGGACAGAGAAUGGGCUCCGGGACAAUGACAUCAAGCCGCGGGUCAGCGAGUGGGAAGUGAUCCAAGAGACCGGGACGAAGCUGAAGCCCAUGUACGGCCCCGGGUACACGGGGCUCAAGAACCUGGGCAACAGCUGCUACCUCAACUCCGUGAUGCAGGCCAUCUUCAGCAUCCCCGAGUUCCAGAGAGCGUAUGUAGGAAAUCUUCCCAGAAUAUUUGACUACUCUCCUUUGGACCCAACACAGGAUUUCAACACACAGAUGACUAAGUUGGGACAUGGCCUUCUCUCCGGCCAGUACUCCAAACCUCCAGUGAAAUCUGAACUCAUUGAACAGGUGAUGAAGGAUGACCAUAAGCCUCAACAGAAUGGGAUCUCUCCACGCAUGUUUAAGGCCUUUGUAAGCAAGAGUCACCCGGAAUUCUCCUCUAACAGACAGCAAGAUGCCCAGGAAUUCUUCUUGCACCUGGUGAACCUAGUAGAGAGGAACCGCAUUGGCUCAGAAAAUCCAAGUGAUGUUUUUCGGUUUUUGGUGGAAGAACGUAUUCAGUGCUGUCAGACCCGAAAAGUCCGCUACAUGGAGAGGGUAGAUUACCUGAUGCAGUUACCGGUGGCCAUGGAGGCAGCAACCAAUAAAGACGAACUGAUCGCCUAUGAAUUAACGAGAAGGGAAGCGGAAGCAAACAGAAGACCCCUUCCCGAGCUGGUUCGGGCCAAGAUACCCUUUAGCGCCUGCCUUCAGGCCUUUUCUGAGCCAGAAAACGUGGAUGAUUUCUGGAGCAGUGCCCUACAGGCAAAGUCUGCGGGCGUGAAAACAUCUCGCUUUGCCUCAUUCCCUGAAUACUUGGUAGUGCAGAUAAAGAAGUUCACUUUUGGUCUUGACUGGGUUCCCAAAAAAUUUGAUGUUUCUAUUGAUAUGCCAGACCUACUUGAUAUCAACCAUCUCCGAGCCAGGGGCUUACAGCCAGGAGAGGAGGAACUUCCGGACAUCAGCCCCCCCAUUGUCAUUCCUGAUGACUCAAAAGAUCGCCUGAUGAACCAACUGAUAGACCCCUCGGACAUUGAUGAGUCGUCGGUGAUGCAGCUGGCCGAGAUGGGCUUCCCUCUGGAAGCGUGUCGGAAGGCUGUGUACUUCACUGGAAAUAUGGGAGCCGAGGUCGCCUUCAACUGGAUCAUUAUUCACAUGGAAGAGCCAGAUUUUGCCGAACCAUUGAUGUUGCCUGGUUAUGGAGGAGCAGCUUCUGCUGGAGCCUCUGUUUUUGGUGCUACUGGGUUGGAUAACCAGCCUCCGGAGGAGACUGUUUCUAUCAUUACCUCCAUGGGAUUCCAUCGGAAUCAGGCCAUUCAGGCGCUACGAGCAACGAACAGUAACCUGGAGAGAGCACUGGAUUGGAUCUUUAGCCACCCUGAGUUUGAGGAGGACAGUGACUUUGUGAUCGAGAUGGAAAAUAAUGCCAAUGCAAAUGUGAUUUCCGAAGCCAAGCCUGAAGGACCUAGAGUCAAGGAUGGAUCUGGAAUGUAUGAGUUAUUUGCAUUCAUCAGUCACAUGGGAACAUCAACAAUGAGUGGCCAUUAUGUUUGCCAUAUCAAAAAGGAAGGAAGAUGGGUGAUCUACAAUGACCACAAAGUGUGUGCCUCAGAAAGGCCCCCUAAAGACCUGGGCUACAUGUACUUUUACCGCAGGAUACCAAGCUAAACCUCAGACGUGCAAAUCGGCGAGAAGCCAUGCGCCUUUUUAAUUUGCCAAAAAAAAAAAGAAAAAGAAAAAGAAAAAAGAAGUUGGGACAGCCAGACAUGAAGGAACACAUGGGGGUAUUUAUAGUUUAUUUAAAGAACAUCAUUUGACGCCUUCUGGAAUAGAACUGGGAAGACAUUUCUAUUAGUGAUGAUACACUACUGUAGAUAGUUUUUCUUUUUAUAACUGUUCAUGGAGAGAAUGAUUAAAAACAGGAAAGCACUCCUCCUGCUGGUGGGGAACCUGCCACUGGCACGUCAAAGACAGGAAUGUGCCACCAGCCCUCUGUUUGGCUUUGGGGGUCAGCGGUGUGGCCUCACCCACAAUAAAUGAAAAGCCCGCUUUUGUUUCAUCUCGAAAAUCAGUCACUGGGCUGGGCUUUAUCUGUGACAGUUUUUCAUUCAAUACAAUAAUUAAUUUCUGAUCUAUCCAUGUAUAGUAGAUUAGAGCAUCUGCAAUGGAAUAUUUUUAAUUUAAUCACAUCCGAAUUCAGAAUAUAAUUGUGCGAAUGUUGCGAGGAUGAGACCGAGUGUUGCGACCUUUAGAGCCGACGAGGAGACCUGUGACGGGCUGGUUUCGAAGGUUAGGCCAGUUGGCGUUCGGCACAGCUGGGAAGGGCAACCCAUCGUUUAAAGAAACUAUGACUCAGGAACAGUUAAAAAAGUAGUUCCCCACUAACAUUUUCAGGCGUAAAAAGGGCUGAGUUGUCCCUUGAGGCGCUGUCAAGAACUGGCCUGGGUGUGUGACAUUUGGUGGCGGAGGCCAGGUGCCAGAUGCCCGCGGCAGCCCAGCGUUGUUCUUUGCCAAAGGGGGAUGGAUUCUGUGUCCCGGUGGCCCUUCCCCGUAAAGGUUAGUGUGUAUUUUUAGCGGAUCGCUUGUUACCCUAACCCAUGACAGCUCCUAGGAACCAUGUUAAGUGCCCCAAAUUUGUGUGUGAGUUUCUCGUCCCUGAGCUCUUUACCUGCCUCCGUUUCUGCAUUUUCUGGGGCCAGAGUCUCACCUCUGCCCUUUCGGGGCUGAUCACCCGCUGACUCGCCUUCACCCCUUAUCUGCUGCCACCACCACCAAUGCGAUCUUGGGCGCUUCAAGGGUUUCAGAUGCAAAGAAGCUUGGCAUACAUGUAAUGAAAGACCAUCGUUUCCACUUGGCACUUCAGCACAUUCGUUGCAGCCUAGGAUUCGAUCCGAAUUUCAGAUGUGAUAAAAAAGUGGAAGGAUAGUGCUCUAGAAUUCUCCUGCUGCUCUGUCCCAAAUCCUGGCCUCUCUGGAGUUUCUAUUUCAGGUUAUUCAGUCAAAUGAGAAAGGAUCUCUUGCUGUCCACUUGACAUGCAUUUGAUUGGUAGAAAGGAUCUUUCUAGAAGGUGUAGAAAAAUAAAAUAGAAC